UAAACAGCAGUAAGUUUGAAGGGAACCUGUGACCAAGACACGGACGCGGAUCUUCACACACCACGUCCAGAAGGACUGGAAGACGCUCAGGAUGGUGCUAGGGGCCCCCCAGAGACUUUUGCUCACCGUCCUGAUUCUAGUCGGAGUCUGUCUCCAGGGCAUCCAACUGCAGCAGGCUGGGCCAGGGGAGCAAAGAAAGCCCUUCUUUGAAAGAUUUCGGAGGUUGGAAGAACAGUUCCGCCGGUUUCAAAGAGUCACUUGUCGCCUCCGAGAUUGCGUCCAAAGAUGUCAGCAUUCCUACCACCUCCACUGGCUCAGCUUUGGGCACCUGCGGGACAAACACGACGCCCUGGAGUCUGCUGCGAAUGCGACCCACGCGGCCCUGCAGGAGGAGCUCCAGCACUUGAAAAGGUUGGCCAAGAAGCUGCAGAAGAGAGCCAAGCAGGCCGACCUGAGGGUGCUGGCCCUGGAGGAAUCCUUGAAGGAGAGAGAGCGGCAGGACACCACCGAGAGGGAACAGCAAGGAGCCCUCCUGUCCAACCUGACUCAAGAAGCCGCCAAGCGCCAGGAGGACACCCAAGCAGGGCAGGGCACCCUGCGGAGGGCGCUGGAGAGCCUGCAGGAUGCCCUGAAGAACCAGGGGGCCAAGCUGGCCGAACUGGAGCAGCUGCUGAAGAGCCCUCCUGGGCACAACGAAGUCCUCUUGCCCAGCCCGCUAGCCGCAGCUCCUCUGCUGAACCAGAACCCCCCCGAGAAGGAGCCAGAGGAGGCCGGUGGGCAGAGCCCCACCUUGAAGAAGCUGCGAGCCAAACACCGGCAAAAGAAAAAACUCCAGCAGGAGAACCAUCGCCUGGUGGCCCAGGCGCAGAAUGGGUCCCUUCCAGGCCGGAAACUGCCCCUGCAGGAGAAGGACCUGGAGUCGCCCGCGGGGCCGCGGCCUCAAGCCCUUAGGCAGGAGCGCCCCAUCAUGGACAAGGCCCCCGAAGAGCGGGAAGUGCCCCAAGCGCCUCGUCCCCCAGGAACAAUCUGUAACGUGGGUGCCAUGCUGGUGUUCCCCAAUGCUUCCACGGAGAACUUUGCCACCUUUGGCCCGAGCUUCCACAGCGGCCUGCUGGAGCUCAGCCUCUGCAGCUGGGUGAGGACCCACGCCCGCUACCUGGGCACCAUCUUGUCCUACGCCACCGAGGACAACGACAACAAGCUGGUGUUGCACGGCCGAGACGCAGCGCCCCGGAAUGCCAUCCAUUUUGUCAUCGGAGACCCGGCCUUUCGGGAGCUGCCAGUGGGGCGGCUCCUAGACGGCCGGUGGCACCACCUGUGCGUCGUCUGGUCCUCCAUCCAGGGCCGGUAUUGGUUCUACGUCGACCGGAGGCUGGCUUCCAUGGGCUCCAACUUCCAAAAGGGCUACGAGAUCCCCGGCAGAGGAUCUCUCAUCCUGGGCCAGGAGCAGGACACUGUCGGCGGUGGGUUCGAACCCUCAGAGGCUUUUGUGGGGGCUCUGGCUGGUUUGGCCAUGUGGGACCGGGCGCUGUCACCAGGAGAGGUCUCCAGCAUCGCCGUCGGGAAUGGCCUCCCUCGGAGCCCGGUCCUCUCUCUGGCAAACGUCACAAAGCUCAGCGGGGAAGUGCGGAAGGUCAGCUGCCCUUGCCUCGAACAUUGCCUGUGAGGCGUCCCAGGAAAAUAUCUGCGUGAGAUUGCUUGGUGGACAGAUCACGUUGCCAACCCUGCCUUGGGAUGUUCCGGGAGAUUUGAGGGCGAUGCCUGGGGAGGGUGGG